UGCUAUUUUUUUACAAUUGAAUUUGGCCUUUGCAAGCAAGAAGGACAGCUACGUGCUUAUGGGGCAGGACUUCUGUCUUCUAUUGGCGAAUUAAAGCAUGCUCUCUCUGACAAGGCCAAUGUGAAAACAUUUGAUCCAAAGACAACCUGUUUGCAAGAAUGCCUUAUCACUACUUUCCAGGAAGCCUACUUUGUUUCAGAAAGUUUUGAAGAAGCCAAAGAAAAGAUGAGGGACUUUGCCAAAUCAAUCAAUCGUCCCUUCUCUGUGUAUUUCAAUCCGUAUACACAAAGCAUUGAGAUUCUGAAGGAUACCAGAAGUAUAGAAAAUGUUGUCCAGGACCUCCGCAGUGAUCUAAACACUGUAUGUGAUGCUUUAAGCAAAAUGAACAGAUAUUUAGGGAUUUGAUCUGUGUGGCGCUGUGAUUUGCUGUCAGCUGCUUUUUCUGUAGCCAGUCUAGUAACAUCACAUGAUAUGGCUAACUUCUCAAACCCACCAAUUUUCCCUUUACAGUUUGGCCUGUGACUUGCAUCAUUGUGUAGCUCUGUCUAAUUGUAAUGUGCAGACAAACCAAGGCAAUGAUAAUUCGUAAACGUAACAUGGAAUGUGGCAGAAUAUAAUAAUCAAUUCCUCAACAAAAUGUCAUGUACAAGUACACCAUUAAAAACUUGCCUGGCAAUGGUUUUGUUUCCAUAAGAUGAUUCACUUCAAUGUAUAAGAAAUAGUGUUGCUGAUUUCAUUAAGCCUGAGUUUAUUUCUUUAUAAUCCCUUUCCUCCCAUAAGAAUCCAGAAAAAAAUUAUUUGAAAUGUUUUCAUUUUCUUUGUAAGAGAGUCUGUAUUUCUUUCGAUAGUGGUGAAGACAGUGUUUUGCCCAUAUACCUGUAACAGAACUGAGUGUCUCUUGUGACUGAACCAUACAAUUUAUAUACCAAUGCUGAGAUCAGGAAGGCUAUGUAUCAGUUCUAAAAGGUCUGUGGAGAUUACAGAUUAUGAGAACUCACAACUGACAAAUGUUCAACGUGGCUGAGUAAUUGCAACACAAUAA